GUUCGGUCAGUUCCAGCACAGCGAGCCGCUCAUACACCGGGUGUGCGGCAUCAUGGACACCAACGCCUACGAGAUCCGGCUGCCCGAGAUCAACGUGCAGGGCAUCUACCCGAGGGCGGCGCUGUUCGAGCACAACUGCGUGCCCAACACGCACCGCACCUUCGACGCGGACCUUACGCUGGUGGUGCGCGCCGCUGUCGACAUCGAGAAGGGAGAACAUCUCUCCAGCAUCUACACGGACAACCUGUGGGGUACGUGGGAGCGGCGUGAGCACCUGCUCAACAGCAAACACUUCCUGUGCGAGUGCGCCCGCUGUGCCGACCCCAGCGAGCUGGAUACCCAUCUCAGCUCGCUGAAGUGCACUCAGUGCCAAGACGGCUUUAUUCAGCCAUCCGACCCGCUGGACUCGGACUCGUACUUCACGUGCGACACGUGUGGGGCGCACGUGUCGGCGGUGCCGGUCCGCGCCACGCUGGAGGAGCUGCAGGCGGAGGUGGACCGCGUGGAGGAGGACCCCAGCAUCGCCGCCUGCGAGACGCUCGUCUGGGCUUGUUCCAAGAUCUUGCACCCUAACCACUACCUGAUUCUGGACCUGACCUACCCUCUGAUGCACCUGUACAACAGCUCCGAACCGCUGUCCCGCGAACAGCUCGACAGGAAGGAGCAGCUCUGCAAACAGUUUCUGCGAAUCGCCGACGUGCUCACACCUGGAAUCUCAAGGCUUCGAGGCAUCGUACUGUUUGAGCUUCAGCAAAGCACUGAUGCAAAGGGCACGUACAUUGUACAACUGCAAGGGAGACAGGAUAAAAGAGGAGCUCAUCAGCAAGUUCAAG